AUGGUCCAGUCGUCCGUCCUCGGUUUCCCCCGCAUGGGUGUGAACCGUGACCUGAAGAAGGCCAACGAGGCCUACUGGGCCGGCAAGAUCUCGCGCGACGAGGUCCUCGCCGAGGGCAAGAGGCUGCGUCUUGCCCACUGGAAGAUCCAGAAGGAUGCUGGCGUCGACAUCAUCCCCAGCAACGACUUCGCUUUCUACGACCACGUCCUCGACCACAUCCAGAUGUUCAACGCCAUCCCCGAGCGUUACUCCAAGCACGGUCUCGAGCCCAUUGACGAGUACUUCGCCAUGGGCCGUGGUCACCAGAAGGAUGGCAUCGACGUUCCUUCUCUGGAAAUGGUCAAGUGGUUCGACUCGAACUACCACUACGUCAAGCCCACCCUCCAGGACAACCAGACCUUCAAGCUGGCUGCCAACCCCAAGCCGGUCGCUGAGUUCCUCGAGGCCAAGGAGGCUGGCAUCGUCACCCGCCCCGUCCUCCUCGGCCCGGUCUCCUUCCUUGCCCUUGGCAAGGCCGACCGUGGCCAGAGCGUCAAGCCCAUCUCUCUCCUCGAGAAGCUGCUCCCCGUCUACGUCGAGCUGCUUGAGAAGCUGAAGGCCGCCGGCGCCGAGACCGUCCAGAUUGACGAGCCCGUCCUCGUCUUCGACCUCCCCGCCGAGGUCAAGGCUGCCUUCAAGCCUGCCUACGAGAAGCUCUCUGGCUCCAACAUCCCCAAGCUCGUCCUCGCCACCUACUUCGGUGACAUCGUCCACAACUUCGAUGUCUUCCCCGCCAUCUCUCACCUGUACGGUCUCCACAUCGACCUUGUCCGCAACCCUGAGCAGCUCGUCCCUGUCAUUGAGAAGCUCGGCUCCCAGCAGGUCCUGUCGGCUGGUGUUGUCGACGGCCGUAACAUCUGGAAGACCAACUUCAAGAGGGCCAUCGAGCUCGUUGAGACUGCCGUCCAGAAGCUCGGCAAGGAGCGUGUCAUCGUUGCCACCUCCAGCUCUCUCCUUCACACCCCCCACACUCUCGCCAGCGAGAAGAACCUCGAUGCCGAGGUCCGUGACUGGUUCUCGUUCGCCAGCGAGAAGACCGUUGAGGUCGCCAUCAUCGCCAAGGCCGUCACUGAGGGCCCCGCCUCGGUCCGUGAGCAGAUCGACGCCAACGCCAAGUCGAUGCAGUCUCGCGCCUCGUCUGCCCGCACCAACGACCCCAACGUCAAGAAGCGCCAGUCUGAGGUCACCCCCGAGCAGCACAACCGCAAGUCUGCGUUCCCUGAGCGCUACGCCCAGCAGAAGACCCACCUCAAGCUGCCUCUCUUCCCCACCACCACCAUCGGCUCCUUCCCCCAGACCAAGGAGAUCCGUGUCCAGCGCAACAAGUUCACCAAGGGCGAGAUCACCGCCCAGGAGUACGAGAAGUUCAUCGAGAAGGAGAUCGACGAUGUCAUUGCCAUCCAGGACGAGCUUGACCUGGACGUCUACGUCCACGGUGAGCCUGAGCGUAACGACAUGGUCCAGUACUUCGGUGAGCGCCUGAACGGCUACGUCUUCACCACCCACGCCUGGGUCCAGUCUUACGGCUCCCGCUGCGUCCGUCCCCCGAUCAUCGUCGGUGACAUCUCUCGCCCCGCUCCUAUGACCGUCAAGGAGUCCAAGUACGCUGCCCAGAAGUCCAGCAAGCCCAUGAAGGGCAUGCUUACUGGCCCCAUCACCUGCUUGCGCUGGUCUUUCCCCCGUGAUGACGUCCACCAGUCGGUCCAGGCUCAGCAGCUCGCUCUCGCUCUCCGUGACGAGGUUGUUGACCUUGAGGCCGCUGGCAUCUACGUCAUCCAGGUCGAUGAGCCCGCUCUCCGUGAGGGUCUCCCUCUCCGCUCUGGCAAGGAGCGUGAGGCCUACCUCAGCUGGGCCGUCGACUCGUUCAAGCUCUCGACUGCCGGUGUCCAGGACUCGACGCAGAUCCACUCUCACUUCUGCUACUCUGAGUUCCAGGACUUCUUCCACGCCAUCGCCGCUCUCGAUGCCGAUGUCCUCUCGAUCGAGAACAGCAAGAGCGAUGCCAAGCUCCUCCAGGUCUUCGUCGACAAGGCGUACCCCCGCCACAUCGGCCCUGGUGUCUACGACAUCCACUCGCCGCGUGUUCCCCCGGAGGAUGAGAUCAAGUACCGCAUCGAGGAGAUGCUUGCUUACCUCAAGCCCGAGCAGCUCUGGAUCAACCCUGACUGCGGUCUCAAGACCCGUCAGUGGAAGGAGACCAAGGAGGCGCUGACCAACAUGGUCAACGCUGCCAAGUUCUACCGCCAGAAGCACGCCAACUAA